GCUCGGUGGAGAGCUGGGGCCGUCUGGAGGUGGGAAGCGGUGAAGAUGUUUUCGUUGCACAAGAAGACGUCCGAGACUUUUUCUACAGAUUGGGGAUUAGCAAGGACUUGGGCGAGUAUUUUUCAUUGCCUGCUGUUGAUCCUGGUCACUUACAGAAGGUCCUCGGAUAUUUACCUUUAGAGCUCGAGCAGUUGGUGCAGUCGCACUCCGGCGGUGCACCGGGCCGGGCGAUUGGUCGACAGGAGGUGCGCGCCACUCCGCACAGAGAUUGGCGUUUGGACCGGGCACUUGCAGCCCUCUCAACCAGGUUGUGGAAGAGUGUUGCCGAUGAGCUGGACAUGUUCAGGCACCUCGCUGUCCUGGGGGUGAGUGAUUUCAAGUCACCGUGGAGUCAAGAAGUUCUGUGUACCGAUGCUUCCCUAUCCGGUUAUGCCGUCAUGAGUCGGUCUGCAAGCCCUGAAGUCGUCGGGGAGUUGGGUCGACAUGACGAGCGCUGGAGGUUCCGUUUGGGGGACGCGAAACACGUGGCUCCUCGAGCCAGUGCUCUGGCCUUAGAUCCUUUCUCAGAUCCUGCCAGCGUGAAACCUGAAGUUGAGGGGGAGAUCUUCGGCCCUGUUUCUGUCGAUGACAGUUUUCCCCAAAUCAAGCAGAGUUUUAUGGAGCCUGGAAAUUGGCACAGGUGGGUUGUGUCAGAAAUGAACGUCGCGGACAAAGACAGCAGAGCAUGGGAGCCUCCUAAGACAACAAAUAGCCAUGGCGACUUCAAGAGGACAAAAGAGAGCUGUGCAGGUGUUCUCGAGGGCCGAAGUGGAUCGGGCCAAUCAGAGGGCAGCUGCGAAAGGCCGGGACAUGGAGCCCAGCACCUCCAGCAGGAAGAGAGGCCAUGCGGAAAUGGAGCAGAUGAGGAGUCCAUCCAAGCAUCCGGCGUCGGCGUCGAGGCGAAGCGAAAGAGAGCUGCAGACCGCCAGAAGAAGUUCGAGCUGAAGCUGCGGGCGACGCAGGGGGAGAGAAGCAUACUGGAGCUCAGCAGUGUCAAGGAACCUCAGAGGCGCGAUUAUGCGAAGAAGCUGGACGGAUUCUACGGCUUCGUGGCGCAGCACCAGCUACAGAUCGCAGACACGAAGGCUCUCGACGCGGCGCUUUGCGACUGGGCAGACAUCCUGUACCUGAACGGGGAAGGAUGCAACUACGGCGACAAGUUGCUUGCAGCUCUGGAGUUCGAGAGGCCGGAGUUCGCACGCGAGGGCAAAGUUCACCUGCCCCGCUACCGCCGGGCCCUCAAAGGGUGGCGGCGCAUGGCCCCCACACAGACACGUCUUCCCAUGAUCGAGUUCAUCAAGGGCGCGAUCUCCGGCGUUCUUUUGAAGAGAGGUCGGCGGAGCAUGGCCCUCUUCAACGAAGUGACUUUCUCGACUUACGCCAGACCAGGAGAGUUGCUUCGGGUGUGCGCAGAGGAUUUCGUCAAACCGAACCAGGAUCAAAAUCAUGCAGUGAUCGUGCUCAGCCCACUGGAGCGCGGAGAGAGCUCCAAA